AUGUACAUCCAGCCAGUUCUUAUCGCAGAAAAACAAGCCAGCGAGCUGAUCAGCACAGGACCUCAGAACAUGGCCAGAAAUCCCAUCAGGACCUGCUGCUUUCCUGACGUUGGACCUGCUGCCCAACAGGUUUAUCGUUGCGAAGCGGAGGGCUGUUUGGACGGCUGUACGGAUUGGUCUGUGGACUACCUUAAAUACAAAGUUCUGCUCGGGGAGCCUGUGAGGAUUAAAUGCGCUUUAUUUUAUGGAUACAUCCGUGCGAACUACACACAUGCUCAGAGUGUCGGACUCAGUCUGAUGUGGUACAAAAGCACCGGCCAUGGAGACUUCGAGGAGCCCAUUUCAUUUGACGGGAGCCGGAUGAGUAAAGAGGAGGACUCCAUCUGGUUCAGACCGGCCGAGUUACAGGACACUGGACAUUACUCAUGCGUGUUGAGGCCUCAUGUUGUGCUGUCAGAUGCUGUACGUCGGUCCUGUUGUAUUAACGCAGUGUUCUCUGUCUCCGCAGUGGACGGCUGUACGGAUUGGUCUGUGGACUACCUUAAAUACAAAGUUCUGCUCGGGGAGCCUGUGAGGAUUAAAUGCGCUUUAUUUUAUGGAUACAUCCGUGCGAACUACACACAUGCUCAGAGUGUCGGACUCAGUCUGAUGUGGUACAAAAGCACCGGCCAUGGAGACUUCGAGGAGCCCAUUUCAUUUGACGGGAGCCGGAUGAGUAAAGAGGAGGACUCCAUCUGGUUCAGACCGGCCGAGUUACAGGACACUGGACAUUACUCAUGCGUGUUGAGGAACUCCACGUACUGUAUGAAAGUGUCGAUGUCGCUCACAGUGGCCGAGAACGACACGGGUCUCUGCUUCAACUCCAAGAUGAGGUACUUCGAGAAGGCCGAGCUGAGUAAGAGCAAAGACAUCCUCUGUCCUGACAUCGACGACUACAUACAGACCGGAAAAGAGCCAGAGAUCACAUGGUACAAGGAAUGCCGGCCGAAGCAGUGGAGACAGAGCAUCGUGAGGAAGACAGAUGUGCUCUCCAUCAGAGACGUGCGGGAAGACGACAUCGGGAAUUACACCUGCGAAUUACAGUUUGGGAGUUUCGUGGUGAGGAGGACCACCGAGCUGUCCGUCACAGCACCGCUGACUGACAAGCCUCCCAAGAUCCUCUACCCAUCUGAAAAUAAGAUGAACGUCAUGGAGCUGCAGCUGGCACCGCUGACUGACAAGCCUCCCAAGAUCCUCUACCCAUCUGAAAAUAAGAUGAACGUCAUGGAGCUGCAGCUGGGCAGCCCCAUGAACCUGACCUGCCGAGCUUUCUUUGGCUACAGCGGAGACGUGAGUCCUCUCAUCUACUGGAUGAAGGGAGAGAAGUUCAUUGAGGAUCUGGAUGAAAGCCGAAUCAGAGAAAGCGAAAUCAAAACUAUUUGGGAGCACUUGGGAGAGCAGGAGGUGUCCAUCUCGCUGACCAUAGACGCCGUAGAGGAGAGUGACCUGGGAAACUACUCCUGUUAUGUAGAGAAUGGCCACGGCAGACGACAAGCCAACAUCCAGCUCAGCAAGAGGGAACUCAUGUAUACGGUGGAGCUGGCUGGAGGUUUGGGAGCCAUUCUGCUGAUGUUGAUAUUUUUGGUGUCCCUGUAUAAGUGUUACAGAAUUGAACUCAUGCUCUUCUACAGAAAUCACUUUGGCAGUGAGGAUGUGGACGGAGAAAAUAAAGACUACGAUGCAUACGUGUCCUACACAAAAGUGGAUCCAGACCAGUGGAGUCAGGAAACCAGAGAGGAGGAACGUUUUGCUUUGGAGAUUCUGCCAGACGUUCUGGAAAAGCAUUAUGGGUAUAAACUCUUCCUUCCUGACAGGGACUUGAUACCAACUGGAAGUUUCACCAAUGAUCAUUUCCAGGAUGACACAAGACUCCUUAGAGCGUAUAUCGAGGAUGUGGCUCGCUGCGUUGACCAGAGCAAACGCCUCAUCAUCGUGAUGACGCCCAACUACGUGGUAAGGCGCGGUUGGAGCAUCUUCGAGCUGGAGACGCGGCUGCGCAACAUGAUGGUCAGCGGCGAGAUCAAAGUCAUCCUCAUCGAAUGUGCCGAGCUUCGGGGAAUCAUGAACUACCAGGAGGUGGAGGCUCUCAAACACACCAUCAAACUGCUGACUGUCAUCAAGUGGCCGGGACCCAAGAGCAGCAAGCUCAACUCCAAGUUCUGGAAGCAGCUGCAGUACGAAAUGCCGUUUAAGCGGACCGAGCCCAAGCUGUCGCACGAGCAGGUGCUGGAUGUCAGCGAGCAGGGCCCGUUUGGAGAGCUGCAGACCGUCUCUGCCAUCUCUAUGGCCGCGGCCACCUCCACCGCCAUGGCCACCACGCAUCCCGAGCUGCGCUCCACCUUCAACAACACUUACCACACGCAGCUGCGGCAGAAGCACUACUACAGGAGCUACGAGUACGACAUUCCCUCGUCCGGCACUCUCCCGCCGCUGUCCUCGCUGGGCAGCCAGCACACCUACUGCAACAUCCCCAUGACUCUGCUGAAUGGCCAGCGGGUGCAGUGCAAGCCGGGCCGCGAGCAGCAGCAGGCGCUGGAGGAGCAGCACGUCAACAACGCCAUGCUUCCGCUGCUGCCCCGUGAGACCAGCAUUUCCAGCGUGAUCUGGUGACGCCGUCGGGAAGGGACGUUUCUGCAAAUGGCACUUAUUAAGACCCUUACAAACUGCUGCUGUUGACUUUGCACUGCGAUUCACACGCAGGGGUGGCGGAAACCGAAGGAACGCGACGAAGACAGGCUGACGGGGACACUGAUAGCACACAUACAUCACAG